AUGUCCGCGAGGACGCAUGUGAAGCGCCUGAUUGUCUGUGUGGACGCUGAAGAGUACAGCGGGCCAAAUGGAACUUCAGGAGACGGCAACCCUAGUAACAUCUUCCGAAUCCAAAGCAUCAUCCCCGAGGGUUUGUGCAUUGACACACAUGGUCGGACGGUCGAACAGAGUGUUCGCUACUAUCACGCCGUCUCUGAUGGCCCCAGUUUGAUAGAGAGGUUGAAGACCCGUGUGGCGACACCAUACUACGAAGACCAGAUCAAAUCCAUUGCUCGUGGCAUAUGCGAGACGCUGGAGGAGCCCCAGGAUGAGCUCUUCCUCUAUGGCUUCGGCCGAGGCGCUUUCAUUGUGCGCGCGGUGGCCGGACUGCUCAAUACCCUGUGUUUGCCCAAAAGCACGUCAUUGAGAUACUUCGACACACUCUAUCAGACGGCACUGGAUGUCUACAGAGCGCGAAAGGAGGAUGAUAACAGGAACGGGCCCAAGAUGAUUGAGUUUCUUCGGUCGCAUACGACUCGGCCACCGGCAAUACAAUUUGUUGGCCUCCUGGACACCGUCAAGUAUACUGCCGAAGGUCACAUGCAUGACAUCUCGUUUGUCCCAUCCAUAAAGAAUUUGCGACAUGCCUUGGCUCUCAAUGAGACUCGCUCUCAACUGAAUGCCGAGGUCUUCGACCCGCCAUCUUCUCACGAUAUGCCGGGAAGGAGUUUUACUCAGGCGUGGUUCAUGGGCUCGAACCAAGAUCUGGGAGGUGGCACCCGAGAUGAUGGCCUGUCCUUGUACCCGUUGCAAUGGAUACUCAUCGAAAGCAUGCGAGCUGGACUCGCUCUUCAAUCCCAGCAGGAGCAGCCACGGACUGUUGGAAAAGAACAUCCCCUCUCUUUGGCAUUUCCUCAGUACGCUGGCGAGGUACCUAAGCUCGACGGCAGUGAAAAGAUUGAAUGGCAGAUAUCCCAUUCGAACGGCAUACAAGUCAGCCUCUACGAUUUGCAGUCUCUGCAUGGACGUUUUGCCGAUGACAACCGAACCCACAAUUUGCAGAUCAAUUCUUCAAGUUCACUUUAUAACAGCUCGCGUAAAGUUUUCAAUUCAAAGGGGAUCAUUGGAUGGUGUGAUGAUGGAAGCUACGGAACGAUAAUUCAUCCUUCGGUAUUUUGCGUCCUCGACAGAUAUCCGCGGUUCUACGAACAGUCGCGAUUCAAGUCCCUGAAGAAAGAUUUCGCCGACUAUCGGGAACGUUGCUUGCAGGAGGAAGGGGGAGCCAUCCCUCCGUGGCUGGAGGGAUUACAGUUGCAGGCAAGCGGCGUCAAGGCAUUCCGAAUAUUGACCGAGGAGUCCGACAGUUACAAACAAGGAAAUCACGACAUCAACGAAGCCUUUGAAUCUCCCAAUAACCCUGGGCUCAUGAUCCACGACUCCAGAGGAUGGCAAGCCGGGAGCGAAAAAGAACUUACCGAGGCGCUGCACGUAAUAUGGUUCUGCGUUGAUUCGGAUAUCAGCCGGAUCGAGGAGGCGGACAAGCGAACCUUCGACACUAUUGCACAAUUUUCCAACCACGUGCCGGUCUUUGUGAUUGGGACCAAAAAGGACAAGCUGAUUGCCUUCCGCAAGAUGCAAUUGCUGGAGAAGUACAUGGAAGAGACGGGCAAUUACCGCGAAUCACAGCGGCUCGCAAACGAAGAAGCGGAUAGAUUGGCGGAGGAACAGUUUGUGGCACUCCGCCAGGAGCUCUCUCGAAUCAAGCAUUAUAAGGCAGAUGGGUGCUGCUGUCUCUCCAAAGACGACGACCAGGCAGUUAAAAGACUUUUGACGCAAACUCUAGAUCUGAUUGAAGAUGAAAAGGUCCGAAUCUUCGCAGUUGCCGCACAAGUCGUCGAUGUCGAGCAGAAGAUUGACUCUGCAAUCACAGAAUGCAUGCGCUUGGGCCUCCACGCAGUCCGCACUGCCAUGGUGCCGUUGCCGUUCUCGGGCGCGAUAGGCACGCCGACUGUCGCGCGAAUCCUGUGUCAGCAUAUCCUUCAAUGUUUUGGAUUCCCCAAGGCGUUACCAGAGGAAGUGGAAGAGAUCAUGACCAGGGUGGUGCUCGGUCAUCUCAAGAAAUUUAUGACUGUCUCACUAGCAGAGUUUGUCGGAGUCGGCAUGGUGACUGCAGGUGUCAUUGUCGGCACAAUGGGAGCUGGUGGAGCCCUUGCGCUAUCACUAUGCAUCCUAGCCGUCCCUCCAACGGCGAGGAUGUUGUUCAAAUGUGCUUGUGACAUGAUUCUCAUCCUCGAGCGAGCAUUCCGGUACCAGGGCAAGUACGUUUCAGUGAAGCAGAUCGAAGAUGCGGCCGUCUACUACACGACAGCCAUGACAAAGACUUUUGCUGGGAAAGAGCUCCUACUACAGAAGCAUGUUCAUGACGAAGUCGAUCGCUUGAUACCUCUGACCAAGGUAACUGCGGGAAUGAAAUUCAGCAAGCUUCGCCCGGGGCUCGAAGACAUUAUUUACAAGAACCGGUUUCAGAAGUCUGAACCAGCGAAAGACGACGGCAGGCUGGUGGUCCCAGAGCUUGGUGGGCAGGUACUUGCGGAGCUCGACGCAACAACGAGUCCCAUUGAGCUGCCGGGCGGAGGGAGCCUGCCUGUCGAGCUUCCAGCAGUGGUGGAAAUUUCAUCCCAAAUCCGCGAGAAGGAGGCGGUGCAGUCUGGGAUGGCAUCAGCCACCAGUACGGCUACGACGACAGACGAUCUUUUCGGCCUGGAGGACAAGACCAUCAGUAGCCACAGCGCGCCGGCAACGCGUCAGACAACCUCGUCGCCGCCCACAGAGAUAUCGGCGGAAAGGACGAAAAGUGAAGGAGUAUUCUCAAGGAGUACACGAAAGCUAUCAACCAAAUUGGGGUUGAGGAAGUCAAAGAUGAUGCAGACCUAG